AAACUCUGUAGAACUCUGCCAACCUUUCGCAAAACCUCACUUUCACCUCAGCUCACUCUUAACUCACCGACGACAAACAGCUAGACCCAACUCCGGAUCCAUGACAAGUCUGCAGCCAACCCAAUCAAACUGCUUUUUGCAAGAUCCUUUUCUCUCCAUUUGACGAGGUCCUGUGACUGAGUUUGCGCCAUCAACUCACUUUUUUUCCGGGCGCAAAAUUUGACAUUGCUGCGACAGAUUUACAUACAGAGGAAUUAAUAUUCCUAGUGGUUUAGACCUCGAGACAACCAAAGAAAUCCUCAUUCAAGAUGCCUACUGAAGCUGGUACUGCAGCCUCGCCUGCCUCUGCAUGUUCAGAUACUUGCGCUCCUACCCCGGAUCCCACUUUCGAGCUUCAGAAUACAGAGCAAGCCCUCCCAGAGCUCGACCUCCCAAUCGCGAAUCUCAAGGUUGGAGAGUCUCCAUCCAAGUCUCAAAGCGAUACCAAGAAUGACGUACAUCCAGCAUCGCAGGAGCAAUCACGUCUCCUUACGCUACCUGCAGAGAUCCGGACGCAGAUCUACGGCCACGCAGGCAUCUGGGACUUUGACUGCAACUCAGCCGGGUAUCUGGGCAAUCGUAGACCCCCCGGAAUUCUUUUGACCUGCAGAUCAGUUUACCAGGAGAUUUCAGAGAGAUUCUGGGCAGGUCGCACACUCUACAUCAACGACGCAGACUAUUGGGGUUCCGAGCCCUGCCAGUGCUGCGGGAACUAUAUGAUGGGAGUGCACUCGAUCGAACGUGCGUUAGGCGCCCGCUUGAAUGCCAUGGGAUGUGCUGCGCAGCAUCUGACCAAGGUCAACGUGCGAGCGGCGCUGGUGUGUUUUGAACGCCUGAUGCGUAUCUUUGAGGUUCUUGCCGACGGCUGCCCCGCGCUCGAGGACCUCGACAUAUUCUUUGGCAAGAAGGACAGCAAGAUCAUCACUGGAAGACAGGUCCGUAUGGGCUUCACCCCUCCUCGCGCCAUCGUCAUCCCAUCGGUCCAAAUAAAGGUCUGGAUGGAAAAAGCCACGGCUGCGCUCCGCCGGAUCAUGGAGCGUGGCAAGCUGAAGAAUCUUGAGUUCUCAGUGUACCUGGACGAUUGGAAUCAGCAGGAAGACGUCGACGCUCUUUGGGAAUCAAUGCGUGCGGUGAUUGGGAAGGGCAAAACCCUCAAAUGCAACAAGGAAAGGCUCGUCUAUAACGAGAAGCGUCAGCACCCGAGUGCUGUGAUCCCAAGCCAUGUGGUUCCGCUGUCUGAGAAGACAAUCUCGCCCUAUAAGUGGUACAUGCUCGAGUUUGGCGGCGACUUUGAGUUCACGCCCAGGUCUGGAUUUGGCGAGGUCAAACUGGGGCUCAUGCAUUUGGCAAGACGCCAAGGACGUACAAUCACCCAGAAAUAA